GUUUGAAAGGGAGGUAACUGAAAUCACGCACAAGUUACGUCCCCUAAAGUUGUGAGUACAUGUAUGUUAAGACACAAACAAUUGCCAGCAUAGUGCAACCAAUAAAAAGUAAACAAAUUUAAUAGAAAAGCUAAUGUUUCAUGCGGGAAAUUUUCAAAUAAACAAUGUCGGAGCUGAAUCCAGUGGCAAUUAUUUUGGUUACGUCAGGUACAAGAGGAGACCGACUUCUGUUUCGUUAUCCCUUUGAGUCUGAAAAUGUCAAAGAAAGCUCGUUCAUAUCGCGGCAAAAUCCAUACGCCCUUAAGAUUUCUGAAGACAGGUUAUCCGAAGGAAGAAAGCAACAAACAUCAACACUGAUUCACAAUAGCAUGUUAGUUGGAUUUGAAGACAAAACUCUUGCAAACCUGUUGGCAGUUAAAACAAGACUUUGUGGCAGCAAGUUCAAUGUAAAGAUCGACGAAGUCAGAUUUGUGGGGUUUCCAGUGCAGCUAGAACAUUCACCGAAGUCCACAUCAAAACAGCAGCAAACACAGAAUGUCACAGGGAAACACCAUCGGAUCAACACUGUCAAUGCUGUAUUUGCCUUGAGAGCCAACAUUAUAGAUUCUGCAAUAGACUGCUACCAUACUUUGGCCAAACAGCUUAUAGUUGCUUUGCGCCAUGAAGAAGAGCGGUGUCAGUACCUAUCGUUACAGUCCAAGAUCAUUCGCUCAGUGUUUGAUGAAGUAGCAGCCCUACCAGAGGAUUGUAUUAAGAAUCCUUUCCGCCUCAUCCUUCAGAGGAGUCAGAUAGCCAAGGAACUCAAGCAAGUUUAUGUGGGUCUUGUUGAGAGGGGAAUGGUUUCUCUUCAUAUUAACAGAUGGAUUGAAGUUAAUUUCUGUAUGCCUCACAAGGUUCAUGUGAUUGUCACAGGAUCCCAUGUAAUACAUCUUGAACCAGAGGACAUGAAACGAUGUCUGUCAUCUUUGCGGCCAUAUCAUGGACUGCUUUUCCUACAGCCAGAAGGUGAAGUCUUGGACAGCCUCCCCAUGGAUGCAUCCCCAGCUUUGGUGCGGAUGAUCAAGAUGGUCACUCCACUAAAGAACUUGCAAACGUUGGCCCUGGACUGCGAUCUUAGCCUGUCACAGGUAUUUGCACUGGCAUGCCAUCUGGUGUAUUGGGGCAAAGCUAGAGUCAUCUACCCUCUGUGUGAGAGUAAUGUUUACAUUCUGUCACCAAUGGCUAACACGCUGGUCAACUCCACAUUGGUGGAAGAUUUUGUGGAGCAUUUUCCAGGCAGAUCACUGCAUCUGGAGCUCUCUGAGUUCUCACUGCCAUGCCUGCUGAGAGAGAAGCGAGACAUGCUGGAGCAUCCACAGCUGCAGGCACAGAGAGUGCAGAUUGUGGUCUGGAUGCUGCAGCAGGGGCUUCUCAUGCAGCUGCACACCUACAUAUUCUUUGUGCGCCCAGACAGAAAAGGCCAGGGUUCUUUUGGAGCCAGUAUCUCUAUAGCAGAAUUUUCAUCUUCUAAUAUACACCCGCAGGUAGUUGAGGAGUCGUUUUUUAGUUACGUGAUGGAUGACCAUACUAACCUGGAACGAGCACCAAGUAUGUCUGAUGUGGCAUCCAUCAAUAGUGAUGAAAGCGCAAGUGGAUUACCUGUGCCUUCAGCCAUGAUUUUACCUGGCUUAUUGUCUUCCAUGACAGGCAAACAUUUAUCCAAGUCUCCAUCUCUUGAGGUUUCCAGUGAUGGAACCAUUGUUACAGAGGAAAUGAAAGCCCAGUGGCAGAAGCAUGGCACCCUGCUGAAAGAAUUGAGUGCUGCUGACAAAGCAGCUGUGCUUAAGUGCCCAGCAGCCAAAAAUCUUGAUGAUCUGCAGCUCUUUGCCAGACUUUUUCCUUACUUCAAUGGCAAACAUCAUUUGGAAGAGAUAAUGUUCUAUGAAAACAUUCGCAGAUCACAGUUACUGACCUUAUUAGACAAGUUCAAGGAUGUGUUAAUCACAUGCUGCCACCAAGAUCUGGCGACAACUUUUUAUGUGAGGUGAAUAUUGUGUGGCUUUCACCUAUCGCCAUCAUCAUAAAAUUUCAAUCAAACUGUGCUUUUCAGGCAAGACGUGCAUUUAAAUUCUAUCAGCCAGAGUGGACAUUGAGUAUGGCUGUCAUGAGAGCCAACUGCGAUGUCGUUCAUGGUGAAGGCAGCAUUGUGCCUUUUAUUUGUGAGAGCCAAAUGCGAGUCCUUAUUGUGAUGAAGUUAUUGAUGUGAUUUUAUGGGACUGUCCACCUUCACAUUUUAUUAAUUUAUUAACCUUUUAUAUAAUAAUAACAAUAAUAAUACAGCUUUAUAUAGCACAUCUUUCCAAUGUACAAGAGACUGUGCUCAGAUCCUUACAUUACUGACUGGUCAAGUGCUGAUUUGGAAAAUGAACAAAACUGGUUACACAGAACAUUAAAAUACUGAUAAAGACAAUUACAGUCUGUGUCUGAAAAACAAUGCUAUUGUUUACAUUUUAGAAGGAAAUGGUGAAAGAAGAAAAAAGUAAACAAAACACUGGGAAAAGAAUGAUUUUGUUCAAUGGUCUAGUAUGGGCGUAGUAAAAUAUUCGUAGUAAAAAUUUUUGGUGGAAACAAGAAAGUUCACAGAAAAUGCUUUGAGAAUCUUACCAAGAAUUGGGAUGCUGUUAUGUUUAGAAGAAUACUCUUCUGCCCAAACAGAGUACUGAAAAGAAGAGGCACUGAACUAUUUGGAAUUACUUGCAAAGUUGUACUUGCUAGUGCUAUUGUGCUAUUUGUACAUGUAAAAUGGAGACUGCUGUGUACAAAGAUAACAGUCUAGGAUCAAGGUAUUAAGUUGAAAAAAAUCCCCAGAGAAUGGUAAUGAUUACAUGCUUGUGAAUUCCUUGUGUCACAAAGUUAUAAAUAUGAGUAGCUUUUAAGUUGAGCAUUUACUUCAUAUGUGCAUGCUUCUUUAGUGAUUUGAAAACCAUUUGGGCAUUUUUGUUGAAUAUGAGAAAGAUUAAUUUUGUGACGGGUUGUGUAACUUCAUGUCAGCAUUUUGCAAAAUUGGUCCAAGAUAGUCAUGACAGUCAGUAGAACACAAUUCACUUUAAGAUAACAUCAGUGCCACAUCAUACAAACAUAGGGCAGCAUUUUCAAGUUUUAUAGAGAAUGGCAAGAUAGAUACAGACCUGAAUGCCCAAACCAAACAAUAACAGCUUCAGUUGACCCACUCAUUAGACUCCUGGCCAUGUGAUGUGUAGCUAAUCAAUACAGUGUUCCUACCUACCCUAGCCAAUCAGUUCUAGACUUGGAUGCUGACCAAGGCCAGGAAACAAAACUAAUGUGAAUUGAGAUGUCUUAGAUGGGCAUUGAACAAGACUAGGAGAGACAUGAUCAGAAAUGAAAAAAAAUCCAAGAGAUGGUAGGGGCUAUGCCAGUAUAUGAGCACAUUCAGCAGCAGAGUUCACAUGGCCACGCUGCACUAAACCAUCAGCUGCCUUCUCAAUGUCCCUAUGAUACUUCAAGAGUAUUAGCGGAUGAUAAAGAAGGUGAUAGGCUAAUGCAAUGUUAAUUUAUCUGUUAAGAUGGUCAGACAGUUCUGGGCUUAAUGUCUGUGGAGAAUAAUGGCUAGUCUUGGAUUGUUUGUUAGCGUUGUAAGUCUUAACCGGUGAAACUGAAUUCAAUAGCUUAAAGAUAUGACCUUUAUCUUGUAAUUGUUUACCUUGCAUUACCAUUACUCCAUUCUAUUCCGAUAUUUUUUAGAACUUAUUUGUCCAUUAAGUGAACAAAAUUUGUUACCCUCUGUGGUUGUUGACUAAUAAUUUAAGAAAAUUACUACUACUACUUACCCAUCCUACACUAAAACAAAUCCUGUUUUUAUCAGUUUUCCUCUUUAGUUUCCAGUCCUUUGUGUUACAGGCUAGUGCCCAUAUAGCAGAAAGGGUACUAUCAAAAGGAAUUGUAGGCUAAACAUAUUUUGAUAUUUUGUGGUUCAUAAUUUUUAAUGAAAUCAAGAGGUGGGAAACAGCAUAAUACUUGACAUGCAGAGCUUCCAUGGUAUCGUAACAGCUUUUUUCCCCCAAGACUUUCAUGUUUUCUUCAUAUUGUCAGAUAUUACUGGCUCCUUGUUAAGUCAAAGAAGACCUUUACAGAAGAAGGUGACUUACAUUCCAAAUGGAGAUAGAUUGUUCACUUAAAAAACAUUAAUAGGUAUUGUGUGUGACUUGUUUCAUUAAAGGCAGAACUUUUUAUGGGUGGUUUUUAAAAUGGUUUUGCCCGGGCAAGGGAAGGUAGGAUUAACGGGGUAGUAUUGGAGACAACUGACCACUAAUUGUCAUCACUGUGUGUACACCUACAUUCCCUCACGUUCGAAAUCAUUCUUUUUCUACGGUCCGAAGAAGUUCUGUCUUUAACAGUCUUUCAUGAAAACUCUGAAAUAUUGAUUGAGAAGAUGAGGCAGGGGCAACAAAAGGUUAGACAAUCAGACUAGUGAGAUGAUUGUGGAUGAUAGGGUUAGCACUUGUGCAAAUCGAAUAUUUUUAUGUAAAAUAACUUUAACUAGUUCUUUAUUCUUUAUAUGAAAUGUAUUCUCAAGUAUAUCAAUAAAAUUCAUUGAUGUACAGUUUAGCAUUAAUCAUAAUUAGCUAAUAAGAAAAAUUUAGAUAAAAUUAAAUGGUUGAUUACAUCUUUGUAAAGUCUGAAUAUUUUUGUUACCUUUGGGUUUGCAUGAGACUUCCACAAAGUUUAUCCAUAUUGGUACUAAUACCAUUGCAUGAUGGAUGGGCAGAGUACUAAUAGGGUGACUGAAUGUCUACAUGUACAAAUCACAGAUUUGUGUGUCAUCCUCAAUUUCAUUUAAAGACUUGCUUUUACAAAAGAUAUUUUGAUAAAUGGAGCAUUUGUCAUGACAAAUUAAAGUACACACUAUUUUUUUUUAACCAUGAAUACUUUUAUAGUUAUUUUCUAACUUUCUAACUUAAAGCACACUGGUACAUUUUCAUGACAAGGAUAUGCUAGGUGUUUCUGAAGUAUUCAAUGAAAAUAAAUGUUUAAAAAGCGUAAAGCCUUAGAUGAGACAUUUGCAAAUACCCACAAAGAAGUAAAAGGAGCUUGGUUCUUGACAGCUAAACUACUUUACAGCUUGAGAAUUAUAGGGAUUGGCAAAUGUAAUACCAGAUAUGAUGCAUAUACAAAUUUUUUUGAACUAGUUACCCUGAAUUUGUCUAGAAUGUUAUUACUAUCCACCUUUGCCUUCAAUUAAAAGUGAACAGAAUUCCACUGCUCUUUUUC